AUGAGUAGGGAGUUUCCUGACAAUGUGUGGUCUCAAACAUUUAAAGAAUUGACAAUCGUAGCAAAACAGAUAGAAACGGAUACCAUGACAAAUUUGAUACAUGUAGGGUCUACCACACCUCACUUAAUGAAUAUGUCAUCAACAAAAACUAAAGUUAAAAUUAACACCAAAGGCGCUCCAUUAGACAGCAAUAAUGCUCUGAUACCACAUGUCGUAGAAGCCUUCAAAACGGUUACUCGUGAAGACUGUAAGAUUGGACCAGGCAUACUAAAGAGAAAGAUGCGUGCAGAAGGAGGAUACUCAUCUGGCUUCUUGAAGGCCGCCAAACCUAUUGCCUUGACUAUCCCUCGUCGUUAUUUACAAAGUCCCACGCUAUCUCCUGUCUUCAUAUGCACCACCACCUGCGACUCCUUCCAUUUGUCUGCGAUCCAAUCUCACACGUUCUCAACCAUCUUCCUACCCAUCCGCUCAGAACUCCUUCUCAAGCACAAGCUUGGGAUUUUCAAUGGCCAGUACUUUGUCAUAUCUUAUUUCAAUCCGACUAUUUACACCACUCUCAAGUGUCGCCUUCACCUCCUCUAUUAG